UAUCAAUUCUUUGGUACAGGAGUCACAAAAAGUGUAAAGUUUUACGGUGGUUAUCUCCCUUUAAGAAAAUGGCUACCUUUUGUGAAUUUUUAUAAAGUAAAGCCUUACAUUCGACACAUUUGAUUAAUGACAGAGUUUCAUCAUGGGUAAAAGAAAAGACAUAUCAGGAAGUACAGGAACAGAAGAGGAAAGCAUAACAGAAUCUCCAGGAAGUUCUCACAAGAAACAUAAGAAACACAAAAAGAAGCACAAGAAGAAGAAGGAUCGAGAUCUUGAUGAAAGUUUUGAAUCAACCUCUGAGACUACGCCCGUUAAACCGGCCAUUAGACUAAAAUUAAAGAUUGGAGGAGAAACUUUAGGAACUAAAGACAUUACACCAGCUAUUGAUGAUAAUUCGUCCAGCUCUUUCCUGGUAGAAGAACCUGUUAUUAAUGUUACAGAUACCGGUACUGGUGGUUCUGUUACUACUCCCUGGGAAGGUGACAAGUUGGAUGACACUUUCCACACGAAGAAAUCCGGAGAAGAUACGUCUGAUGAGGAGAAACAAUGGUUAGAUGCUCUGGAGGCCGGAGAAUUAGAUGAUUACGGUGAAAUUAAGAAAAAUGCAAACACAAAACCUUUAACAACCAGACAGAAAGCUUUAUUACAUGGACCACAAGAUAAAGAAUUAUUACAAUUACCAUCAGGAUAUAAGACAGUAGAAUUAACUGAAGAACAAUUACAAAGAAGACAACAGAGAGCUAAAAAACGACGACAACAAGCUCAAGAAAAACGAGAAAAAGACAAAAAACAGACAUUGGACAGAUUGUUGAAGAAACAAGAUUCCAGAGCAAAAAAGGGUAGAGGAUCAAAGCGUUCUAAUAUUCCCAGAGUUCGUUAUUCGUUAAAACGUGAUGGUAAUACUAUAUCCAUCCCUCAAGGCUUCAAUCUACCGUUCGUUCCACAACCACCUAAAGCACCACCAAAGCCUGCCGUUAAAUGUGGAGUGACUGGAUGUCGUAAUACCAAGAAAUAUUCCUGUUCUAAAACUGGUGUUCCUCUCUGUAGUUUGUCAUGUUACAAGAAAAAUAUGGCCGCAGUGCAGGCGAAAUCUACCACCGAGACAAACGUCGCGUGAUUGACUUCAUCAUUGGAAUUGGAAUGGGAAUUAAAUUAAUAUAUGGGUGCUUUAAGUCAAAAACAGCUCCCUUUGACUUUUACCAUGUACUUUUCCAGAGACUUGUGAUUGACAUUCUAAUGAGAGUAAAUUUCAUAUUUGUGAGCUUGAAAACAUCUUUGAAAUUGGAAACAGCUCACCUUAACUAAUACAAUGUACUUUUCCAGAGACUUUGUGAUUGACAUUGAAAUGGGAGUAAAGUUAAUAUAUUACAUGUGAGCUUGAAAGCAUCUUUGAAAUUGGAAACAGCUCACCUUGACUAAUACAAUGUACUUUUCCAGACAAUUCAUGAUUGAUUUGAAAUGGGAGUAAAAUUAAUAUAUUACAUAUGAGCUUAAAAGCAUGUUUGAAAUCGGAAACAGCUCACCUUGACUAAUGUAAUGGUAUAUGUGUUAUAUGAUGAAUCGCAUAGGCGAAUUUAUUAUUAUAUAUGUAACAUACUAAGAACCUAACUACAUUUUUGGGGCACCAACCACCACCGCCCCCCCAGUCAAAAAUUUCCCUGUACGCCUAUGAUGAAUCAUAAAAUGGAAUAUCAGUAUUGUCUUUGUGGAUAACCAGAAUUUUGAAGAAUACUUUAAGUAUGCUUCAAUUGGAGAAAACAUUUUCCAGUGUUUUAAUCUGAUUAAAAUACAGAUCUAUCUUUCGGUUUUUUUUUAUACUUUCGAUGACCUACACUACAUGAAGAUCUGACCAGUUGUAGUGGGAGGUUGUAUCAGGUGUCAUACGAGUGGCUUUAUGACAUUAGACAUUGAUUAAUCAAUUGAUCAGCAUUGAUGUUUCUAGUGGCUUACGCUUGUUUGUUUUUUGUUCAUGCCAUAUAAAAAGAAUAUUUCAUUUAAAAUUCUGUAAGUUGUCUCGUGUUUUGUACUGAUGUUAUACGAAUAUGUUAAUCUUACUGAUGUUUUUAAAACGCAAUCUGAGUACAUAUUGGCUCGGAUUGCGUCACUUUGAGUACAUAUUGGCUUGGAUUGCGUCACUUUGAGUACAUAUUGGCUUGGAUUGCGUCACUUUGAGUAAAUAUUGGCUUGGAUUGUGUCACUUUGAGUACAUAUUGGCUUGGAUUGCGUCACUUUGAGUACAUAUUGGCUUGGAUUGCGUCACUUUGAGUACAUAUUGGCUUGGAUUGCGUCACUUUGAGUACAUAUUGGCUUGGAUUACGUCGUAACAAAUUAGAUAUUGUGCAACAAAAGCAAAUGACAAUCAGCAGUGUUCAGUAUACGGUUUAAAUAGAAAAAAGAAAAAGUAAUAUGUUACAUGGAAUCAUUGAAUAUAUUAAUUUUGAAAUACGAACAUUUUACAAACUUUUAAGGCAUGUCAAAUUAAUGGCACUCUGUGUAAAUAUAUUGAUUUGUUGACUGUUAGUAUCUGUCAAUCAAAUAAAAUUCAUUCAUCAUCA